AUGGCAACGGAGUUUUCUCCAGAUUGGUCAGCGGUAGUGGUGUUGCUGUUUGCCUACCUGACCACAAUUCCAUUUUGGCGUGCUACGCGCAUUCUCUCUCUGUGGAAUCCGCACUCGCACACUCUUUCUCAUUUCGCGUUGAAUAUCAUUAGUGGAAUUCCCUACAAUUUCUUUUUGCGGCCGCUCACUAUCCCACUCGAGCCUCACUACGUGAUUCAGAAUGGUCGCUUUUUUUUCGACCCAGAUAUGAAUCCUCAGCAGGUUCAAAUUAUGCCUGAUGAGCUUGAACAUUAUGUGAGGGAGUGGGGACCAGUUGGGAUGCCAACUGAAAGGCCCAAGAAGCGGACCAAGACCUUGAACAGCUUCAUGGCCUUCCGCGCGUUUUUGGCUCCUUUGUUCCCUGACAUUCCUCAGAGGGCCAAGUCCCCUUUGAUCGGGCACAUGUGGGUUGGAGAUCCACUGAAACCGCAGUGGCAAGUCCUUUCUGAAGCUUACUCCCAACUACGCGAACACUUCGAGCUUGACGAUCAGCGCCUGUCCUCUUUCAUCGGUAUCACCAAGGGAUUGUUCAACAUUCCGGAUCCCGAGGCUUAUCUGAUCCACAUUGGUUGGAAGAUUACUGAAGGGCUUGGUGACUCAUUCGACGUCUUGAGAACACUCCCGCGUCAGCAGUUUACGCUCCCACCGACGCCUGUCACCAUUUAUGAAGUCAUUGAUCACUGCGUCAACAACAUUCAUGGUUACACUGCUGGGCAGAAGCGGGACUCCAUGUGGCCCUCUAGCUUGAGAGAAAGAACUGAUCUCAUGGCUAUUCAUUCUUCCGGUGAAUCUGUUGACCCGCUCUACUGGCUGUUUAACGACGAAGGGUUUAUUCAGGAUGGUCCGUAUGAAGAGUUCUCUCUUGAGGACAUGUAUGAUGAACCCGAUCCCAACAUGGAUCCGCUUUCCGACCUUGUCUUUACUCCAAGCUUUGAGCUCUUCAUGCUUGAGAACAAGGAUCGACACGAGAACGCUACAAUCGCCGAAAUUGCCCCAGGAUUUCCCCAUUUUGAUCAUUGGGAAUCAUUCAUCAAUAUCGGCAAGAACCGGAGCGCUUGA